AUGUCACAAUCGUCGCUGCACGAUUCCAUCCAUACUGAUCCAAAUUCGCCAGAAGUGCUAAAGCAGAACGUGCAGAUAGCGCUCGACCAUGUCGCAAGGAUUCAAUCACUGGCACGUAAUUGCUUGCACGGCAUACAAAGCGCAUACCAAGCAGGAAAUAGUAAUAGUCCUGCACAUACAACAGGCAAGUACCUGGCUGCACUCAUGCAGGCACUUCGCACAAUUGCUGAAUUCCUUCGACAAACCGGUGUAGGCGCAUACCCCAUGCCACCCGCCCCCGAAUCUCAGAGUGCAUCAUCGGUACCUCCCACAGAGCAGCAACUGAUUGACACCACGGCCCGAGAGGUACAAGUGCUUUAUGAGCGCCUGAAACGUAUUCAAGAGAGCAAUACCGUUGCUGUAAAUCUACUUGGGGCCGCUGAUACUGUCUCUCGUGCACGCUAA